UUCUUACAUUGCUUUUUCCCUUUAUUCUUGUUAAAUUGGAAGAUUCUAGAAGAUGUGUUCUAUGUCCUUUAAAUGUGAUUUCAUUCAUCUUUGAUAGCUUCCAUGUGUUGGGAAUAAGUAUCUAACACUUGUCUGAUGUACUUCCUGCCCAAAGCUGUACCACCUAUCUCUUUUCCCUACCAUUUACCUAGAAACCCAGACUUUACCUUUUAAAUGGGAAACCAUUGAAAAUGAAACUCAUUUUCAACAUGAUGUAUCUCAGAAUGUCUUUGCCUCUAUGACAUAUCAGUUCUACAAUUAGAGAUUCUAAAAAAUGAAUAAUGAAGGACUGUAACUAAUAGUUAUUCAUUAAAAAAAUUUCCUCAAAAUCAUGGCUGAGAGAUCGUUAAUAAGAGCCCUGAGGGGUGGUAACAGCACUAAGAUUGUUACUUUGAAUGGGAAGAAGCUAAAAAAGAUGCCUUCAGCAUUAGAAAAACUGACUGGCUUGAGGAGUCUAGACUUACAAAAUAACCAAAUUCCUAAAAUGUGUCCACAACUGAGCACCUUGACUCAGUUGACAUUUCUCAAUCUGGGAAACAAUCUUUUAGAAGAAGUCCCAGAAGAGAUGAAAUACCUUACCUCCCUGAAGAAGCUGCAUUUGUUUGGAAAUAGGAUUUCUAAAUUUGCAUCUGGAGUGUGUGAUGGCCUACAAAAUUUGAUCCUGCUUAAUCUGAACAACAAUAAGCUUACAUGGCUUCCUGAAGAAGUUGGCAGGUUAAGAAGUCUAAUGUAUCUAAGUCUAAAUUGUAACCAGCUAACCAGCAUUCCUAGAAAACUUUGUUUCCUUAAGAAUCUUUUGGAACUUUAUCUUAACUACAACCAACUUAGUCGUAUACCUGAAGAUAUUAAGUACUUAAAGAAACUACAGCGGCUUUCAGUGGCCAGGAACAACAUUGAAUUUUUGCCAGAGGAAUUUUGUGAUCUUAAAAAGCUAAGAGUCCUAGAUGUAGCUGGAAAUAUUAUUCAGAUCUUUCCAUCAGGCUUUCAGCAUAUGAAGCUGAGGGAGUUCUACUGUGAGGGAAACCCCCUGUUCCGGAAGCAGCCAAUCUAUGCUGGCCAACAGGAGGACCUUUGGAAUCUCCGGGAAAUAACAGCAAGAUUUAUCAUGAAUCAGCUAGAAGAAAGAAAUUCUUUCAUUAUGAAUGCCAUAGAAGAGUAUCCAGAUAUCAAAGACAAAAUCUCUCAGGGGCAAAAAUGUGCAAUAUGUGAAAAAUCCUUUUUAACAACAUGGCUGGAAUGCGUUCAGUUUGUUCAUCCAUCAAAGACCUGGAAGAUAAGCAAAAAUUUAAAGCUGAUACCUCUUCGAGUAUUACUCUGUUCUCAGCGAUGUUUUUGUCAGCGUGGCCCUAAUGUCUUUGGAAUCGCUUAAAUAGAAUUACAUUGGACUGAAUUGUGUGCUGUUCACCGUCAGCACAUGCCCUACUCCUUAUCUUUUCAUGAAUCUAUUAAACCAACAAAGACAAAUCAUUCAGUGUCAAAUA